AUGCUCGAACGAGCGGCCGGCUGCCUCGAGAGCGCGGGAAGGCGUUUCCUUCGAGAUCCCAAUGGCGCCAUUCGAUCCCGAAGGACCCUUUCUCGUCAAUUCUGGAAGCACAAUGCCGUUGGAGGGGAUAUUGCCAGCUAUUUCGUCGCGUUAGUGCUGCCGCCUUGUCAACAGCCCUCGGCCUCUGUUUUUCACAUUCCGGCCGAGAGCAAAGCUGCCAACGAUGGGGGAUCGCCGUUCCUUGAUUUUCUCUAUCCACAAAGAACCCAGGAGUUUGCGGUAUCCCGCAUUUCACGACAUGCUAAGCGCCUGGGGUUGCGCCGCAGGAAAAGGACCCUGCUUGGCUUUUCGAGACCCUACACAUCGAACGCCUCAUCACCCUCCAAGCCAAUUAUUGUCGAGGAUUCGAACGCAUACGAAGCGAGCUCCGAGACGGCUGGGGCGGAGGCAACUAGAUCUUCCAAGGGUUAUUUGAUCAGUUUGCUGGAAAGGCAGAAAGACGACUUCGAUCGAGCAUGGGUGCUUUAUAUUGCUGCUGGACGACCCUCCGAAUGUCGCUCCGCGCUAUGUGCCUACCUCAGCAGGUCGAAAGAGACUGUAGACCAGGGUCGGAUGUGGGAGGUGUUUCAACAAAUCCCCGAAGAUAGCCUUUCAGAAGACGAUUUUCUCCGUGCCGCUGAAUCUCAGCUUAAUUCUCGAGAACCCUCGAAGCUGAUAUCGAUUUGCCAGCAAGCCCUUGCAAGAGGAUUUGGAUCAAAAUGUUGCACUUUAUCAUUCACCCGCUUCUGGAGAGCUCGAAAUUGGAGACGUGCCGUGGAAAUCUGGAGCUUGGUGUCGCAAUCCACAGGGCGGGCUUCUCAACCGUCACAGAGAAGAUUAUUUAGUGAACUUGAACAAGGACGGCUUCCUUGGGAUGCCAUUUCGUUUGGGAAAUUUGCCGCGCACAAAUUGAACCAAGAUGCCCGCCACCUUGCCGAUUUCCUACUCGACCACAUCUUUCGAUAUCCUUAUGUGCUCAGAUACGCUUCCAUGGGCGCCCUAGUGGAGAUGUUUCGGAUUUAUCACGAGUCAGGUUUUCUGAAGCCUGAGCACUACCUCAACACGAUCAAGACAUUUCAAUUGAGUGAUUCAAGGUCGGUUUUUGUUCGAUCAAUAGUGUUCUACCGCAUGAUGCGCCGACAAAUGCCGGAAUUAAAGCCCCCUGAAUCGUUGUUCAGUGGUCAGUUGAGAGCUCUCGCCUCAUUCGGCAUCACCUCUGGGGUUCAGUUUUUCCUGGAGGACCUGUCCCAUUUUUACGGAAAACCAAAUCUCCUAGUGUACAGGGAUGUUAUGAAAUCGUUUGCACGAGCGGGUGACGUCGAAAAGGUCAAUUUCGUCUUCAAUAAACUCGUCGAGGACCAUGGCCCACCCCGGAGCCGCAAACUUUUGACUCCACUUCUUGAUGUUCAUGCGCGGGCUGGCAACGUUAAGGAAACCACCAAACAGUUCCAGAGGAUCUCUGACGAAUUCCAUCUUCAGCCGAAUACGGUUUGUUGGAACAUUCUUCUCAAGGCUUAUGCCAACCAGGAGAAUUUAGCCGGCGCCUUUUCAAUCUUCUCGCAAAUGCAGCAAGCCGGUAUUUCCCCAAGUGCACACACGUUCGGCACAUUGAUGGCUCUCUUUGCGAAGCGGGGAGAUAUUGACACUACUCGUCACCUGCUCAAAGAAGCGGAGCGGCACCAUGUCGAAAUAACGAUGCCCAUGCUGGACACCGUUGUGCAGGUAUACUGCAUCAACGGGUUGUUGCAUCAAGCUGAACAAUUUGCCCUCGCCUGCCGAGACUUCAAGGUUGAAGGGUCGCCAUUAAGGAUGUGGAAUACACUUUUGUUUCACCAUGCAUUCAGGGUAGACUUUGUGGCUCUCAACCGAAUCUGGGGGCACCUUCAAGCGGCCGGAAUACAUCCAGAUGCCAUCACUUAUGCAAGUCACAUGCUCAUUCUGGCUUUGGUUGGAAAAACGGACCAAGCGAGGAAAACCCUUCGGGACCUUCACAAGAAGCGGGUCAUCCAAGCCACAGACCUUCACUACGCGAUCGUUUUGUAUGGAUAUGUGAAAAGCCGCAAUCGGGAAAUGGUGCACGUCAUCUUUCAGGAAAUCGAGGAGCGCUUCGGUGAAGGCGAGACGCGCUCUAGCCUCUUGAGACUCAGAGGCCAGAUUGAGCACGACCUGCAAGCACGAGAAGACUCCACCAAGGACGGUGCCGAUCUACGUUUGAAGAACGCGGAGCAAACCUUGUUGGCAUCUCUUGAGUCUAUCAAUCGCCCCGCCCGAAGUUUUAGGCUUCCCUCAUCUAAACCCGUCGGGGGGGUCCUCGGCGGCGCCUUCCAGGACUCCUACCUCGCCUACCGUAUCAAGAAUUUCGGCUUAAAUGGUGCGAUUGAGGAAGCCCGGCAGCUGUUCCAGGAAUACAUCGACACAAGAAAGGCUACGAGCUCCCACGAAAACGGAUCCGAAUCCGCACCAAUCCGCCUUAUCGCCGCCAUGAUGCUUGCUCAUUUGAGAGCAGAACAAUAUCCGGAAGUCGAAGAGUGUUGGCAACUCGCGCUCUCCAAUACUAUGAAGAUAGCCAAUCGUGUUGACCUUGAUGAACUUCUGCGGGCCGAGUCGUCCUCACCAAUUGACUCUGCUGCAAUGAAGUCAUUACCGGGGACCACCAAACCACUAAUUUUAGGGUCUAUCUUCGAUGGCCAGGAAGACUCGUCACUUGAUCGCGUACCCUUUUCGAGUCAGGAGUCAGUCAUUAUUCCCUCGCAGCGCUUCGUUCUCUCACGCCCUCUAUCCAUUUACAUGCGAGCAUUGGCAUAUCAGAACAAGACCGAGCAGAUGAUCAAAGUGGUGGCUAAUUUUGAGCGGACUGGUUUCCGGUUGAGUACUUUCAACUGGUCAACCUAUGUGCAGAUGCUGGCGGCUUCUGAUCGAUUUCAAGAUGUGGUAGAAGCCUUCCGUGUGUUCGAACGUACUUUCAUGCCCAAUUUCCCCGAUUGGGGGCGACUUCAGGUUGGACAAGGGUUGAAGCCAUUUGGUGUGCCAUUCACUAUCCAGCAGCUUGAAGACCCCCGACAUUUGCCACCUCCCUCGGGCAGCGUUGGCAAAGUUUCCAAGCCGUAUUGGAGCAACAUCAAUCCCGGCUUCAUGCAGCCUACCUACAUCUCCAUGGUAUAUCUGGCUGCCGCGGUCGAACGCAUUCGAGAUCUUAGCAUUCUGAAAGGUGGCACAGAGCUUGCGAAGCUCCAUGCCACUGCACCUGACACCAUAGAGGAGAUUGGCAGGAUGCCGUACCUCCGUGAUAAGUUCCAAGGCGUUCUACUUCGCCAUCGUUCACAACAAGCCGACAAAGACGGGCAGAAGCGACCUCGCCGGCAAUCGGUAGCCGGGGGUGGUAUUCUGGGCAUUCAUUCUCGUAGUAGACACGUGGGACCCGCCGGCCAUCCUGGGCGUGCUCAACGAAAGCCGGUACAACUAUCUCCCACUGUGACAUUGUCUGCCGAAUUGGAAGCCGAGAGAAUCCGCCAAGCUGUUUUUGGGCCGAAGCCUACAGGACCUGACGUGCAGGAGGAAAUUUUUGCCCCUGAUGAUCGGGCUGAUCUCGAGAGUGCCAUUCGGGGCCGCCAUUUCCGAAAGGUCUGUCUCAACAAGAUGAAGCAACCUUCCGAGAAGAGGAAUCGAGAACUUGCAAAGAAUUGUCGUCCUGAGAGCCAAGAGCCCGAGGAGUGUAUUGUUGAGACCGAACGAAGUGAUCUCAAGGACGAGAUUCAAGUGGAGCGUGAAACCGAGGGCGUUGAAGAUGCAGAGGAGGCGUCUCAAACCGCAGGAGAGAAGACACAAUGA